UUUUGUCAAUGAUGUAUUAUGUUAUAAUACGCGCUGGGUUCGAUGUUGUUCAAUUUACGUUCAAGGAUUUGCUCAAUUUUUAAUUGAACUGCGAUUGAUCUUGGAAAUUUUCUUAUGCUAAGAAGUUUAAGUUUACUUAAAAACUACUAAUUCGUAUAAAAGACACGCAAAAUGCUUUGACUUUUGAUUAAUAUGAAAAUAAUUUCGUCCCAUACUACAAUAGCUCUGCCUCUAAGACGGCGAUUCUGUUGAGUUGUUGACCAAAAUUCGUAAUAUUUUUGGCAACUGAUUCAUUCUAUAAUAUUUUAUAUUUAAUAUAUUUGACGAGGUUUCAAGAGAACUGUUUAAAAUAAUAGUAGUUCUAUUAUACAAUAAUACAUUAUUCUAUUCGUGUCUUUAUUAACAUGAAAUACUAACAAUAAUAAUUUCGUAACAAUAAUCUCUUGUAGAUAAAAAUAAAAGAAUUGCAUUUCCUUCAUUUACAACGAUUUUUGUUAUCGUAUGCAUAUUUAUUAUUCAUUUCAUUAUUCAAUGUCACUGUUAUUUCUUCUGAUUUGAUCUCAGCAUGUAUGCAUUUACUUCACUUUAUGAAUGAAACCAAGCAAGAUAAAGAGUUCUAUUUUGUUUACAUCAAAGAGUUUAGGAAUUUUGGGAAAUUAUGUUACACGCGUAUAUUUUUAGUAUAUAUACAUCGUACUUUUCUGUAUUUACGUAUUUACAAGUUUGUUAAUUUGGACCUUUGUAUGUUCUAUGCAAAUAAUAAUAAGCCGAUUUUGUUUCUAAACGUUUACUUUUAUUAUCAUCGUUAUCAUUAUUAAUUAUAAAUGUUACGAAUUAAUUAUAAUUUUCUAUAGAUUUAUUAUUCUUAAGUUUUUGCAUGUUUUCGUGCAAAUAAUAAUGGGAUGGCGUUUUGGUUAUUACCGUAAUUACUAUUAUAAUUGUUAUUAUUAUAAUUUUCAUUGUGUCACUUGAUAAUUUAGCAUUCGGAAAUUACGAAUAAUUAAAUCAAAUCAACUGUUUUGGCGUGUGUCGCAGGAAAAUAUAAACAGAAAAGUGAAAGACGUGUUCUUACUAAACGAAAGGGUUUUCUUAAUUUGGGAUGCGUGGCCCUUAAGAAAAAAAUACACGAAAUUCGUUAUGUAUAUGUCCUAUCUCAGCGUACAUAUAGUUAUAAUGUACAUUGAUCUGAUCGAAGCAUUCGGAAAUUUAGAAUCGAUGGUAAGAAACAUUAUAGAUAAUACCAUAGCAACCGCUACCUAUUUUAUACUAUUUUUGCUUCGAUUCAACAAACUGAUCGAACACGGGAUCGUUACUGUGAGAGAAGAAAUUGCUAAGAGUAAGUUUGAAUCUGUGGAGGAGAUGCGCUUGUACUUCACGUAUCACAACAUUUCCGAUAAAUUCGGUAGAUACGCCAUUUCAAUGACUUUAGUGAUAGCAACUCUCUGGUACUUGUCACCUAUGCUGCAGUUGUUGAAGCUUGAUUCAGGACAAAGCAAUGAAUCAUCGAAAGCUUAUAAAUUGCCUUUCCGAGCCUAUGCUUUUCUCGAUUAUCAAGACGACUUUCAAAACUUCGUUAUCAUGUAUUUAUACCAGUUUCCAGUCAUGUUCGUUGCAUUAAGCCAUAUAAGCGCCAUCAGUUUGUUAGUUAACUUGGUGCUACACAUCUGCGGUAAAUUCUCAAUCUUGUCGUAUCGUAUACAAAAUAUUUCCACGAAUUCAAACGUUAAUUUAGACAGUGUAAUCAAAGAAUUCGUGACCGCGCAUGUAAAACUAAUUACGACAGCAAACUCCAUCAAUUCAGCCCUGCAAGUUUUUCUUUUGGUGGAACUAUUGCAGACAACCAUUAGAAUGGCGACUAUCAUAUACAUGAUGCUUCUAAAUCCCUCGGGAAGUUUCGUGAACACUUUGACUUACGUUUUAUACAUUUCGAUAAUUAUAUCGAUGUUAUAUCUAUACUCUUUCAUGGGAGAACAGUUGUCAAACGAAUCGAUGAAAGUGAGCGAAGCGUUUUAUGCUACGGACUGGAAUAAUUUAUCGCUGCAUAAUCAAAAGUUAUUGCUUCUGGUUAUGACUCUUGGACAACAGAAUUUGCACGUUACAGCUGGAAAAUUUUAUACCUUCUCAUUGUACGGUUUUAUCGCUGUUAUGAAAACCUCGUUUGGAUACGUUUCUCUUUUACGAACUCUCAUUUAAUGUAACAUGCACAAAGACUGUGUUAUAAACUAAAACAGUGCAGUCAACGUUUAAACAUUAUAAGGUAUUAUAAAUAAACGUUUCAAUCCUA